AUGCACACCUGUAAACAAACUCCAGUUGCAACACGAGCCAGCACGAGCAUAGCUAGCAAACUCUCAGCCAUCGCAGCUAGCGUAGCCCCUGCUAAUGUAAAUAGCAAAGUUGCUUACACUAAUGCUAACGUUGGCCUGCCUGUCCAGGGAGAUGCUACUGAUACAAUCUCAAUGUCGCAGCUGGUGGCCGAGCUGGUGAAGCAGAGAGCCGGUCUGAAAGAUGAUGUCUCUGGGCUGAUUCAAAACUUUUAA